UACAGCUCUUUUAGAAUUUGUCUAGCAGGUUUUCUGGUUUCUACCAGAAAGCCCCCCACACACUAGUAAAACGGGUAUUUAACAGCAGAUUGGCUGAAAGAGAUCUCUUCAUUUCUGUGAGCCCCGGGAUUUCAUGGUUGCUUCUCCGUUGGUGCUGCACCAGGAUUGUACGAGCCGGUUUCCGGUUGCUGCUGAUGCUAUUUCCCUUCCACUCCCACCGGCUUUGGGAACCGCUCUCGGGAGGCGGCCCUUCCCGCGGCUUCGCUGCGCGUGCCGCUUGUAGUCCUGUAUGGCGUCCACCUCGGCCCAGCCCGCGGCACUGAGCGCCGAACAGGCCAAGGUGGUCCUGGCCGAAGUCAUCCAGGCAUUCUCGGCCCCGGAGAACGCCGUGCGCAUGGACGAAGCCCGGGACAACGCGUGCAAUGACAUGGGCAAGAUGCUGCAGUUUGUUCUGCCCGUGGCCACGCAGAUCCAGCAGGAGGUCAUCAAAGCCUAUGGCUUCAGCUGCGAUGGGGAAGGUGUCCUGAAGUUUGCCCGCUUGGUCAAGUCCUACGAAGCCCAGGACCCCGAGAUUGCCAGUCUGUCGGGCAAGCUGAAGGCCCUGUUCCUGCCACCCAUGACGUUGCCGCCCCAUGGGCCUGCUCCAGGGGGCAGCAUCGCUGCCACCUGAGGGGCUUGGCCCUCCCCUGUGACCCGGGGCCACUUUGGGGAGGGAAAGACCAUGUUGUUCCCAGAAGAUAAUAAAUGUGCCUGUGGCUCGGCCUU